AUGAAACCCAUCCCCUUCCCCAUCGCCCUCAACAUCGGCACCGACAUCGUCCACCUCCCGCGAAUCACCAACCUCCUCAACCGCCCCAGCUACUUCACCCGCUUCACGCGCCGCAUCCUGCACGCCGACGAACAACGAGACUUUCGCGCCCGCUUCUCCCUCCCUCAUCCCCCACCCGCCUCCUCAUCCACAUCCUCUUCCUCACCACCAUCACUAUCCUCCCGACCGCCGCCGCCGCCACCCAGCAGUAUAACUCCCAAUAUGGUACGAUGGCUAGCGGGCCGGUUUGCAGCCAAAGAGGCAGCGCGGAAAGCGGCGCCUCUUGGAGCGGCGCAUAUUAGUUGGAAGGAGGUGGUGGUUACGGUGGGGGAGGGGGGAGGCCGGAGGUGGUAUAUUUGGAUGGGAUUGGAGAAGGGAGGGGAGGGGGAGGGAGAAGGUACAGGAGGGCGAGUAGGGAAGUUGUCGAUUUCGCAUGAUGGGGAGUAUGUUGUUGCUAUGGUUGUUGCGGCGGGUUGA